AUGGAACACCGGUGUCUGCGGAAGACGGCGACGGUGUUCGUGCUGAACCUGGCGGCGGCGGACCUGGGGAACUCCCUCAUGCAUUCCAUGGCCACCGUCUCCUCCCUCAGCCACGGCUGGCAGUUCGGGAAAGCAGGCUGCAAAUUUUACGCUGGGAUGGUGGGGCUAUUCGGUCUGGUGUCCAUCGCGACGCUGUCCGCCAUCGCCGUGGAGAGAUGCCUCGUCAUCGUUCCGCCUUCCGCGAAAUCCUCAAAACCCACGCCACGAUUCGCCAAAAAGCCUCACAAGACGAUUGAAAAGGAUCUAUUCUUUGCGACAAUUUAA